AUGUUGCAUAAAAAAGGAGAUAGAAACAAAAGAUUAAAAGAUCGACAAAGACCACAAGUACAACGACGACGACGACAACAACGACGUCAAAUAGAUAAAGAACUAAGAGAUUACCUAGUCAACGACGAACAAUUCCAAUUCCAACCAUAUUACAGAGAACCCAAUUUUUUUGAGCCCCAACAACUACCAGACUGGGAUUACAUAGAACAAGGACAACAAGAUGCCUUAUGUGAGCUACAAGUAGAGUAUGCAAUAUCGGAGGCUGAAUCGUAUGAUUGGUGGGACCAAUGUGACAAAGAAUUCAAACAAAGAAAGCUAGAUAAAUUAAUACAAACAUCACAACUACGAGUCAAACUACUUCCAAUAUUCAAACAACAACAACAACAGAAACAACAGAAACAACAACAAUCAACAACACAAAUCAAUGAAAGAAUAUUUAGACAAGUAUGGAAUAAUAUAUUUCUAAAAAGAUUGAUAUGUUCAAAGAUCAGGACAAUAUCACAAGACAAUUUAAUCAAACUAGAGAAUUAUUUCACGGAAUACAUGGAAGAAUAUUUCGAAGAUCCCAACCUAUUCAUAGAACGACGUGGUAUUUACAAGAUCUAUGAAUGUCCUCUCAUCACUGUUGACCUCUUUGCCUAUCACUAUGAACGUUGUCAUGACAAGAUUAAAGGGAGUAAUGACAGUGUCCUUGAGCGUUUGUCUGCAAACCCUCGCAAUAUGGUUGAUACGUGGCUGUUUCGUAGGGCAUUUGAAUACAUGAAAUAUACAGAUCCUUGUGAAUUAUAUGGUUUCUCCAAAAAUCACGAGAAACCUGGCCAUGAUGUGGCUGAUACUUGUGAUCUCCCAUUCAUCAUUGCAUUUCAUAAUAUCGAUCCUGAAGCUGGUCGUCUAUACACCAUCUUCCUCUAUACAAUGAGUUCAAGCUUUCAUCUUGGUCCCAUACAUCUUUGUUCAUCCAAAAAUGAUUGGCUUGACUUUCAAAAAGAGUUUUACAAACACGUCAUAAAACUCGAUUACAUUGACGAUAAUCUCCAAUACCAUAUAGACAACAGACAACCAUUCCAUUUCAACAUGGAAACUAAAUAUAAACCAAUGAAAUUAAUCAGUUGA